AUGGCCUGGCAGGCUCGGCAAAAGCUGAAAUGGGCUCUGUUGGCGCUGCUUGGAAUGCUGGGCGCUGCAGCUCGCUUCGGGUUGCAAAGGGUCGCGGACGAGUCGGGGUUUGCGGCCCUUGCCUCGCUCGUUCCCCUCAUGCUGGGCUGCUUCAUCCUUGGUGCCAGCACUCGCUUCUUUGCUGGCCGUCCCGUGCACAAUGAGCUGGCCCUGGGUGUGGGCACGGGCUUUUGUGGCUCCCUGACCACCUUCUCCUCUUGGAUGGCCAGCGCUGCCCAACGCCUAGUCGACGCUCAGCACACCCUCUCCACCGGUGACCAGAUCUAUGGCUACUUUGUGAUCAUUUUUACGGGUUUGCUGGCCUCUUUUGGCGGCUUUGCCAUGGGUCGCAGACUUUUGUUUUGCAACUCGACCUCACGCCUAGGUACCUUCUAUGCUAAUAUGCUGGGCACGUUGGUCGUGGCCGUGCUCCUAGCCGUGCUUUUGCGUGGCGAUUUUGGGAAUGAGGACGGCUGGGAGCGCGGUACAACCGUGAUCUACGGCUUGAUCACCGGCUUUGCUGGCUGUUUGACGACCGUUUCCACUUUUGUCAAGGAGCUCAACGAGAAAGACAGUGUGGCGCGCGCACUCAAGGCGCCGGCUUGGUCUCGGUGGACGUUGCAACCCUGGCGCUAUGCCUUGGGCAGCAUCGUGGGCAGUCAAAUCAUCCUGCUCGGGGUCUAUGGCAGCUUUGGAUGGACAAAUUAG